AUGACACGCUUGCGGGAUAACGUGUUGAAGUAUUUUUGCGAGACAUGUGACCAGGCCAACUGUCGUGACUGCGCCAUCUACGAGCACCGUGACUACGUGUACGUGGAUCUGAAGGAAGCGGUGAAGAAGUACAGAUCCUCGGUUACACACAUGUUGGACACGUGCAAGAGAAAGAUUCCUGUCCUCAGAUGCGCCGUGGAGGAGGUGAAAGAAGUUCGGCGCAACUUACAGGAUCGGGUCCAGACAGAAAAGGACAACAUUCGGGCUACCAUACAAAACCAUAUCCAACAACUUGAAGAGCAGGCCGAAGAUCUCACACAAACACUGGAAAACAUGUACCAUAACAAGGAAAAGGUUCUGACAGCGCAACAGGAGAUUCUGGAGCUUGAUCUCAGCAACUUGCUGAGCAGCAGUGACUUCACGGAGAACGUGCUCAGGUAUGGAAACGAGGCUGAGGUUAUGCUCGUGAAGCCACAGAUGGUCAGCAGACUUACCCAUUUGUACGAGCACGACUCCCAAACGGAACCGGAAGAGAACGAGCACGUUGAUUUUUCGUCCAAUGAACAGCAGUUGUCACUAAUGAUCAGCUGUCUGGGAAAUGUGUCCACAAGCUCCGCCUUCCCUUUUCACCUACACGCACAAGGAUUCGGACUGACCAGGGCCAAAGUCGGACAGGAGGCUUCAUUCAAGGUCAUUGCGUUGGAUCGGGAUGGGGAGCCCUGUCAGAAAGGCGAUGCGCGCGUGUCUGCCAAGAUACGAUGCCCUAACGGAUUCCAGCUGACAGGUCACGUGACCAAGAACGAGGACAGCACGUACACAGUGACGUACACACCGAGCAUGAAAGGCGACCACGAGCUGAUGGUCAUGAUACGAGAGAAACAGAUCAAAGACAGCCCAUUCGACUUACAGGUUGGUAACACAAGGAGCCCAUUCGACGUACAGGUUGGUAACACAGGGAGCCCAUUCUACUUACAGAUAUAUGUCAUUGACGAUAAGAUAAUUCGCCAAUUCGGGAUUCGGGGCAAGGGGGACGUUGAGAUCUGGUAUCAAGAUGGGGUCGCUGUGGAUAAAAGCGGCAACAUCUUCGUGGCUGAUCAUGGCAAUAAUAGAAUCCAGUCGCGGACCGAGACAACCACCGUAUUCAAGUAUUCGACUUUCGGCAGCUAUGGCGACUCUCAAGGCAAGUUCAACUGCCCCCGUCACAUAUCCGUGUCCUCGAAGGGGGAGAUCCUUGUAUCCGAUGCCGGAAACUUCCGCGUCCAGGUAUUCGACGGUGCCGGCAACUUUCUGUCCAAGUUUGGCGAGAAGGGAUCCAACAAUGGCCAGUUCUCCUGUUCCGCUGGGGUCGCAACCGAUGCAGAGGGGCACAUCGUGGUGGCAGAUCUAAAGAAUCUCAACGUACAAGUGUUUAACUCUGAAGGCGAGUUCAUCAAGAGGAUCAGUCAGGAUCCUGACUCCGUGAGGAACGCCAGCUACUUCGCUAAGCCGACGGGUGUGGCCAUAUCUGAUAACGGCAACGUCGUCGUGGCUGACCGCGGGCUCCAUAAAGUUAUGCUCUUUUGAGCCAGCGACGAUGAUACUGGCAAUGAGGAAGAUGAGUGUUAUGAUGAUGAUGUUGUGAUGAUAGUGAUGCUGCUGAUGAUGAUUCCGACGAUGAUGACAGUGGCGAUGACAAAGAGAUGUUCAUGAUGUAUGAUGUUGUUGAUCUUUACAAUGUGAUAGUGGCGACGACGAAGAUGAAGAUGAAAAUAAUGAUAAUAAUAAUAGUGAAUGAUGAUGCAAAAGAAGCGAUGUAAUGAUGAUGAUGAAUGAUAACGGAACAGAGGAGUAAAAGGAGAUGCGAUGUGAUGUGAUUUAUGAAGAUGAGAAUAUAUCGCAAUUUACAAAUAGGGGAAUAAUCAAAGGCACAAAGUUAGCAAGAGAUUUUCCCUGAAAUGAUUUUGCAUCUAUAGGAACCAACACCGUGAUAGCCAUAAUUGUUUGCACCCCCAUAUUUGCAUUGCAUUGCUAACCUAGAUUUCGGACACUUUAUAUGAUAUAAACUUAAAAACUAAAUAACUAUACGUAAUCGUAUAAAGGAUUUAAAAUGUUGUAGUUAAUUAUAUACAAAAGAGUUGAUAAAACAUGGAUUCGUCAAAUAAAGUAUUCCUCUAAAAUGUA